AUGCCAGGCCCACCACUACCAAUAUUGGUGUCACUACUUGAAGAGUGUUAACCAAAGUGAUCCCGAACAAUACACACACACACACACACACACACACAAAUACACACACACAUACAAGCGCGCGUGCAUACAGCCACAUACGCACACAGCUAUUACCAAUCCGGAACAAUAGUACCAGGCCCACCACUACCGACACUGUUACCACUGGUUGUAGAGGCUUCAUCUUUCUCGCCACUCUCUACAAAAAGAUCAUCUCUCUCUGUCGUCCUCUCUCUUUCUCUCACACUGUCUCUGUCUGUCUGUCUGUCUGUCUGUCUCUCUCUCUCUCUCUCUCUCUCUCACACACACACACACGCACACUGCCAUUGCUCUCCAGAACUAUAACACCUGAACCACUGCCGCCACAACAAUUUCCAAACGUAACCAAUUGUCAGGAUUGAACCAACAAACUCCAGGACACAAUUAAAGCUUACUCAGUUCGGUGUCUCAGUUUUGAGGAAAACAUUUUGGAGAUCAUUUGAAUAUCUGCUGUUGCUGCUGCUACUACUAAGAAAGACUGUCAUAUGAGGCGUUUCUCAUCCUAUAAUUCUUUCCUUAACUCAAGAAUCAAAGAAAAAUAUCCACAUUAAAAAAAAAGAACUUAUUUACAAAAGCCAACAUUCUAUGAUAUUGAUCUAAUCUCUGUGUAACAAUUACAUCUUCCCCAAUGAAGAACUUUUCCAGAUUCGUUUAAACGCAAGAAUUUCUAAAUCCGAUGGUGUUACUCCACUGUAAGAUUUGGUUUUAUUCGAAGACAAGAUACAAGGAAGGAUCGACCUAGCACCGAUCAGAGAUGCCGGCUGCCAACUCUGUUGCCCACUCCAAAUCCCGGGGUAAUAAGAAAGACAAACCUCCACCAGCCACGGGCCCCGGCAGUAAGAUUGUGUCCUUGUCCAACAGCCUGAAGAAACAUAUCCAGAUUAUAAACAGCAAUAAAGUCCACAUUCAGUAUGACACAUUUAAUGUGAAGUCUCUUCCUGUUGAGAUAUUCACCAACGAGGAAAUCGCUGAGAAAACCGUCCAACUUCGUAUUGGCAACAACAGGCUUAAACGUCUGCCUCAGACAAUCGCUAAUCUAAAAAUUCUGGCUUAUCUUGACGUUAAGAAUAACAACUUAAGCAAAUUCCCCAACAGUAUUUCGGAGAUGAAGAAUUUAGCAGAGCUUGAUCUGACAAACAAUAAUCUAAGGAAACUCCCUUCUUCCAUACACAAAGCUUCUUCUCUUUCUGUGCUCCAUCUAAAGAACAAUAAAUUGUCUAAACUUCCAAACAAGUUCGGUAAAUGCCCGGUGCUUUCUCAUGUGGAUUUUUCGUAUAAUUUGAUUAAAACCUUUAAAAAGAAUGUCUACGAACUCAAUGCCGUCAUAGAUAUGUCUUUUAACCGUCUGAAAAGCCUUCCAGCUGUCAGUGUCAAAAAGUCGAGUGUAAAAGUGUUUAAUCUGUCCCAUAACAUGAUUGAAAAACUACCCGAGAGUAUCCACAAACUAAUGCGACUUACUCGACUGAAUUUGACGCAGAACCUACUCCAAGUGAUUCCUGCCGAAAUUGGUCAGUUACGUUACCUGGAAUAUUUAAAUAUUUCCCAUAAUCAACUGCAUUCUGUGCCUGAGGAACUCUGUAACAUAGCUACAGCUCUCCAAGAACUGGAUCUCUCACACAACCAGAUCACCUCAUUUCCAGAUCGUGUAGAAAAUCUUUGCAAUCUGAAACUUUUGAAUCUAUCGUUUAACCAAAUCGAGUACAUUCCGACAGGUUUUAAAUUCCUGACUUGUUGCGAAGAUAUAAAUGUUUCUCACAACCAUUUGACUUCCAUGAAGUUUGCCGUAAGUCUUUCAGAACUGAGUGACCUCGAUGUUUCCUACAACAACAUCGAGGUUAUUCCUGAUGAUAUAGAACAUAUGAAAUCUCUACGGAACUUAAAUGUUUCGUUUAACGGUAUCAAAGAAAUCCCAGAAAGUAUUAGUCGCCUUCCAUCUUUAAAACAUUUCAAUAUAUCCGGUAACUGCAUCAAUUUUUUGCCGAAAUCACUUGGAGAGAAUCAAAUGCUGAGAUCUUUAGAUAUUUCCCAAAAUCUCAUUUCUACUUUACCUGCAGAUCUCUAUACGUUAAGAAAUCUCGAGUUGUUCCAUUUUUCCAACAACAAUAUUAGUGAAAUACCUCAGUCUAUAAAAUAUCUCUAUCAACUCCAGUCACUGGAUGUCUCACAGAAUAAUCUUACAGAUGUCUUUCUUCCUAAAACCGUCUGUAAAUUGUAUCUGUCGGAAAACCCUUUACGAACAAACCCCGACGAUUCUAAGUCGACUUUAUAUUUAAUUGGGCAAAAGGAUCACGCAAGUCACUUAACAGCUUUGGAAUUGGUAAACCUAAACUUAGAUGCCGUCCCUCCGGCUGUCUUUCAACUUCGUCUUCUGACCCAUUUAAAUAUUUCCAAAAAUGACAUCAAAGAUCUUCCAGACAAAUUCCAGAAACUUCGUGUUUUGAUUUCCUUGGACAUAAGUGACAAUCGUCUUCCCGAUCUUUCACCUUCGUUUAAAUAUUUAGGACAUUUAGAGAGGCUGAAUGCCAGCAAAAAUAACUUGAAGCGAUUUCUACCAGAAUUAACGAGUCUAAUUCACUUACAGGAAUUAAACAUGUCCACAAACCACAUCACAGAAUUGCCAAAUCAUUUCGGAAGUCUAAACAAACUUCUGAAACUGGAUCUUUCAAAUAAUCGGUUACAACAUUUCCCACGUGAUCGUAUUGAUGUUUUCGCGUCGUUGAUUUCUUUGGAUUUGUCCAACAACCAAAUUACCUUUAUUCCAAUUCAGUUCACUUACCUAUACAGGAUUAAAAUUUUGACUCUUUCAACGAACAACGUCGAAAUUCUUCCAACUAAAAUCAACAAAAUGGCUUCAUUGGAAGAAUUGGAUGUCUCUGAUAAUCUCCUUACAGAACUCCCAGAAAGUAUUGGUAAACUGCCGAGGAUUAGAAAGAUUAAGGUAAACGACAAUAAAAUUACGGCGGGUUUCCCAAAGAAUUUUGAGCAUCUUCGCAAAAAUGUCGACGUAGUGUUUGAAAACCAGUCGUUUUACAAGACACGCUCGGGUACCACCCCUGCUGCGAAGCCUUCAGUUUUAAAUCAGUUAUCGAUUCCAGAGAAACUAGAUAGAGAUUCCCAAUCAAUAACACCUGAAAGGUAACCGCGGCGGUUACCUUUCAGUGAUUGGCUGCAAUCCAAUUACUAGAAGAAGCAAAAGGUAACAUCGUCAGCAGUGAUAUUGAAACUUAAUAUUUUAAUCCAUGAUAAGGCGGCGAACUGGCAGAGUCGUUAGCUCACCGGAGAAAAUUCUUAUCGGCAUUUCGUCCGUCUUUACAUCCUGAGUUCAAGUUCCGUCACAGUUGACUUAGCCUUUCAUCCUUUCGGGCUUGAUAAAAUAAGUACCAGUUGAUCACUGAGAUCGAUGUAAUCGAUUUACCCCCAACCCCCACUCUGAAAUUGCUGGCUUUGUGCCAAAAUAUGAAAUCAAUAUUUUAAUCCAUGUUAAGGCGGCGAACUGGUAAAAUCGUUAGCACGCCGGACAAAAAGUCUUAGCGGCAUUUCAUCCGUCUUUACGUCUGGAGUUCAAAUUCCGCCGAGGUUGACUUUGCCUUUCAUCCCUUCGAGGUCGAUAAAAUAAGUACCAGUUUAGCGAUAUGGUCGAUGUCAUCGACUGACCCCGCUCUCUCGAAAUGACUGGAUCUGUGUCAAAAUCUGAAAUCCUUGUUUCGCCGAGGUUGACUUUGUCUUUCAUCCUUUCAGGAUCUUUCGGGGGUCGAUAAAAUCUGUACUAGUACAGUAGUCAAAGUAAUCGACUUACUCUCAUCUCCCUUAAAAUUGCAGGACUUGUGCCAAAAUUUUGAACCGAACACUUUAAUCCUUGAAGUAGUUGUAUGCUGUCAACUUAAUGUGAUAGUCCCAUGAAAGGAAUAAUCCUACUGUUGUAAACAUAAGGACACAGGAAAUGUGCCAAGGCCGACAGGAAGCAGUGCAGCUUCCUAGAUCUAAACAACAGUAGUAUUAUUCCCUUCAUGGGACUGUCACAUUAAGUUGACAGCAUACAACUACUUAAAUGUAUUACUACUGCAUAAAUCCGAGAGAUUUAGGAAUGUAUUAUUUCUAAACUUUUAAUCCUUGUUUAUAACCCACUCACCCACCCCUUUUGGGUAAAAAUUAAUGGAUACACACAGUUACUGGAGAUAAAUAUUAAAAAAAGAAAAGAAAAACAUUUAAAAACAAAAUCAAAAAUCUAUGUAACUUAUGAUACUCUUAAGGUCAUAUUUGAACUCAGCAGGACAGAAAGAUAAUGAAGUACUUAUUAAUUAAUCUAGUUAAUUAAUUAAUCUAAUCCAUCAAUUUGUUAAUCAAUCCAUCAUCUUGUCAAUAAAAUCAACCAGCUUCUCAUUUUUAAUUAAUCCAUCAGUUUGUCGAUUAAUUAAACAAUUUAU